AUGUCUCGCUUUGUCAAGUUUGCUUUAUGUGUGUGCUUUGCUCUUGCCGCCUUCGUCGCCGUGGCUCGUGCUGAGACGUUCCUGGAUGAUGAUGGCAAGGAGAUUGUCUUCUUCGACUCGAAGGUUGGUGACAACGAAUUCGAGGACGACGUUGCUGAGAAGCGUUCGCUUAACAUCCGCGGAAAGUCGAACUUCGGUAUGGCCAACUUCAAGCGUAAGAACGUUCAGAUGUUCACCCACGCUCCUGAAGAGGGUGAGGAGAAGUGGGGAGACAAUGUCAAGAUCACUUGGUACGCUUCCCACGAUCUCCAGAACCCGGCCUGUGGCAACGGUAGCUGGGACCCGACCAACACUAACCACAUUGGUGCUGUUAUGACCCACUGGGAGGGUGGCCCCAGCUGCGGUGACUUUAUCCGUCUCUGCAACCCGAAGAUUGAACGCUGUGUCCGUGUGCGUAUCGUUGACGAGUGCGCUGGUUGCAGCCAAGACCACGUGGACCUUACCAAGAGUGCCUUCCGCCGCCUGGCUACCACUGGCACGCUGGAUGAGGGUAUUACUACUGGUCUGUCUAUGUGGACCAGCAAGAAACCCAACCCAUGGGACUUCUCGCUGUUUGGCCCCUACAAGCUCCAGGCGUAA